UUGGAAUGUGGGAAGGGUUUCAGCCAGAGCUUCAACCUGAUCGGGUACCAGAGGAUCCACACUGGGGAAAAGCCCCAUGAGUGUGGGGAAUGUGGGAAAAGCUUCAGCCAGAAAAGCCAUCUAAAGCAACACCACAGGAUCCACACUGGGGAGAAGCCCUACACGUGUGGGAAAUGUGGAAAGAGCUUCAUGACUGUUUCUGUUCUGAUGCACAAGGUGAUCCACACUGGAGAACGGCCCUACACCUGCUUGGAAUGUGGGAAGAGCUUUGGGUGGAUGUCCUACCUGAAAAACCACCAGCGCAUCCACACCAGGGAGAGGCCCUACGAGUGUCCUGAGUGUGGUAAGAGCUUCUCAGAGAGCUCUCACUUGACCCAACACCAACGCUGCCACAAUGGGGAGAAGCCCCACAAGUGCUUGGAAUGUGGGAAGGGUUUCAGCCAGAGCUUCAACCUGAUCGGGUACCAGAGGAUCCACACUGGGGAAAAGCCCCAUGAGUGUGGGGAAUGUGGGAAAAGCUUCAGCCAGAAAAGCCAUCUAAAGCAACACCACAGGAUCCACACUGGGGAGAAGCCCUACACGUGUGGGAAAUGUGGAAAGAGCUUCAUGACCGUUUCUACUCUGAUGCAGCACAAGGUGAUCCACACUGGAGAACGGCCCUACACCUGCUUGGAAUGUGGGAAGAGCUUUGGGUGGAUGUCCUACCUGAAAAACCACCAGCGCAUCCACACCAGGGAGAGGCCCUACGAGUGUCCUGAGUGUGGUAAGAGCUUCUCAGAGAGCUCUCACUUGACCCAACACCAGCUGAUCCAGCACCAGAGGAUCCACACUGGGGAGAAGCCCUACGAGUGUGAGGAAUGUGGGAAGAGAUUUGGCACAAUAUCUGAUCUGAUGCGGCACAAGGUGAUCCACACGGGGGAACGGCCCUACACCUGCUGGGAAUGUGGGAAGAGAUUUGCGGACAGAUCCAAUCUGAGAAAACACCGGCGCAUCCACACUGGGGAGAGACCCUAUGAGUGUCGUGAGUGUGGGAAGAGGUUUCAGACCAGCUCUGAAUGCCACAAACACGAGCAGAUUCACAGAGAGGAGAGGCCCUUCUGCUGCCCCGACUGCGGGAAGGCUUUCAAGCAAAACUCCACCCUCAGUGCCCACCGGCGCAUCCACACUGGGCAGAGGCCCUACGAGUGUCCUGAGUGUGGGAAGAGCUUCUCCAGGAGCUCUCACUUGACCCAACACCAACGGAGGCUCCACUAA